ACGCCAUUACCACUGUAUCAAAACAGAAAUCUUCAGCUGCUCUGUGUCUAUUAUAUUAUUGUCUCUAGUUAAUAGUUUAUGUUGCCAUUCAAUAUGCUUGUAUAGUGUUUAACUAAAUCAGCUCCCCUUUAAAAAAAAUCAACCAACUAAAGAGCACAUGUUGAAGCAAACUUGUCCUUUAAUUUUCUGUUUAAGUCAACGAAAUUUUAAAUAAUAUACAUUAAUACAAUGGACCCAGAAUAUGAGAAACGACUUCUUCGUCAACAAAAUGGGCAACUGUCUCCUUAUGGCAAUGCUUACUCAAGCCCAGUAGUGUCCCCAAGCAAAAGAAUUUAUGGUGAUAGGUUCAUCCCUUCCAGAUCAAGCCCUUGUUGGAACAUCAACUUUGAUCUUCAGCAGCCACACACCCCUACCUCAUCUGUCAAAUCUAAAGAUACAAAUACUGAGUCUGCGAAAGAUGGUUUGGCGUAUGCUUGUUUGCUGAAAAAUGAGCUGUUGGCUGCCGGAAUAGAAGAUUUAAAGGAUCUGCAAACUGAUGACAAAAAAGUACUGGCUCCUAAAGAAAGCAAAAAUUUAUUUAAAUUUCAUACUCCUCGCCGAUGUUCUGAUGGCUGUGACACUUCACCUUAUUCAUUAUCUCCUGUUGGUAGCAAGAGUCAGAAACUGCUUCGUUCACCUCGUAAAGCUGUGAGGAAAAUAUCUAAGAUACCUUUUAAAGUUUUGGAUGCUCCUGAAUUACAAGAUGAUUUUUACUUAAAUUUGGUUGACUGGUCCUCACAAAAUGUACUUAGUGUAGGCCUUGGGACAUCUGUGUAUUUAUGGAGUGCGUGCACAAGUCAGGUGACACGUUUGUGUGAUCUGUCUACAGAUAAUGACACUGUGACGUCCGUGUCAUGGUCAGAAAGGGGUAAUCAAGUAGCUGUGGGGACAAACAAAGGUAUUGUACAAAUAUGGGAUGUUGCAUUGAGCAAAAAAGUUCAUGCAUUACCAGGGCAUGGAGCUAGAGUGGGGGCAUUAGCAUGGAAUGGGGAUAUGCUUUCUUCUGGUAGCAGAGACAGGUUAAUUCUACAAAGGGAUAUAAGAACUCCAAACACAACACCAGAGAGGAAACUAAUUGGUCACAAACAGGAGGUGUGUGGUCUAAAAUGGUCACCGGAUCACCAACAUUUAGCAUCUGGGGGAAAUGACAACAGACUUUUUGUGUGGAAUGCCACAAGUACCACACCAAUGCAGACACACAUGGAGCACCUGGCUGCCGUGAAAGCCAUUGCAUGGUCUCCUCACCAGCACGGUCUCCUGGCCUCGGGUGGGGGUACAGCUGACCGGUGUAUCAGGUUUUGGAACACACUGACAAAUCAACCCUUACACUGUGUAGACACAGGUUCUCAAGUCUGUAAUUUAGCCUGGUCCAAACAUUCAAAUGAACUAGUGAGCACACAUGGGUAUUCACAAAACCAAAUCUUAGUGUGGAAAUAUCCAUCUCUAGUACAGAUUGCCAAGCUAACAGGACAUUCUUUCAGAGUACUCUACCUGGCAAUGUCACCAGACGGAGAAGCUAUUGUAACCGGAGCGGGGGAUGAGACUCUCAGGUUCUGGAAUGUAUUCAGCAAAACACGCUCAACAAAGGAAUCUAAAUCAGUGUUAAAUCUUUUCACCCGAAUCAGAUAAGAUUUGUUCACUAACAACCCAUUGUAAAUUCCAUCAAGUAUUCACUGCUGUUCUCACAUUGUCAGCUCUGGUAUCAAUGCCACCAACAUUUAUAAACAAAAUGUAACUAUUUGUUAACUCUUUAUCAUGCCUAGUCUCAAACUAUAACAUGUUUUCCUUUGACAUUGUUUUACUUUAGAUUCUGUAUUGUUAGAAUGUGGUACAUCUGUUUGGGAGAGAAUUUUAAGCUACUAUUUCAUGUUGCUGAAGAUAGUUACAUUUUCAUCUUUAUAAAAUGUUAUUACUAUGUUUUUAGUUUAGUAGGAUUUAUUUAUGUGGGCUUAUUUUUAUUUCUUUAUAUGUUUUGGGUUUUCUUUUUUUUUUUCCUGCUAAUGCACCAUUUUUUGUUUUGUUUACUUUAUUUUGUUUUAUAGAGUGCCGACCUGAUACAUUUUUGUGUGUAUUAGCUCAUUCAGUUUAUAGUGCAUUAUAAAUAACAGAUAAAAUGGUAGCUUCAGUAUUUUUUAAACUGUUAUCAAUAUGUUUUAUCCCAUAACUAAUUGCAACAAAACAACACUAUUUACAGAACAUGAAAAGUUGUUUUUUUUAAAUGAAGAAAGUUUAUACUUACAGAAACAUGAAAUCCAUUCCUUAUUUGAAUUUCUAGCUAUGAAUAGUACCCAGAUACACUCACUGUACCAAAAAUAACAGUAUCUAAAUAUGGCAGUUAAAAAAAGAACAGCAGUUGUACAUUUUUAUAAAUCUUGCAUUAAGUUAUAUCAUGUAUAUAUUCAUGUAUAAACGAUGCUUUAAACUAUUUUGUGGAGCGAGGGAAUCCAACACACAACAGUAGUCUGUGAUUGUCAACUUUUCAUCUGCUCUGGCAGAGCCCAGAGUUUUAUGUACAACACAUGUCAAUAGCUCAUCCAGGCAAACAUUGAAGCUGUAGGUGGUCGGGUAUGUUUUCCCUCAUGGUGUUUUCUAGUAGUAAAAUUUGCUAUCUGCACUCUUAGUACGCUUUUUGGUGUAGCUUCAAAUAAGAAAAGAAUUUUAGUUAUAUGGUGUAGGGCACUUAAAUAUUAGUACGACAACUGGUAAGCUAGUAGUAUUUUAAAUGGAGCUUUUUUAAAUAGAAUUUUUUUCUCGUUGCCAAUUUUUUAUUUAGCUUUAUCAGUUUCUUUCUCUCACCCAUUUCUCAGUAGAGUCUGUUAAUUAGCUUAGCACCAAACAAUCCUCCGCCACUUGGUGUAGCUGGGUUGCCAUGGUGACCAGGUUGUGUUCAUCAAGCUAGACAAGCUACCUGCAUUUAAUUUGUACACAUGCUUCACUCUGCUAGGGUGUAGGGAAUAUUUAGUUCCAUUCAUUUGAUUGACCUUUGUUAUUUAUAAUUUUUGUAUUUCUGUAACAAGCUCCACUACACACAGCUGAAGGCAAAACCAGUCCAUUAGCUGUGUGUGAUGACCACCUACUACAUCUCCACUGUCCAGCCACACAUUUUUUCUUGUCCUAAUCAUCCCCUUCAUUCUCAUGCCAGUCUUCAUUAACUACUGUCCUUAGCUACCCAAAGUCCUAUGACCAAAUCUUGUGAUAAACAAACUAUUGUAUCCUAUCUGUUGUCUCAAACAUUUCAGAAGUCACAAAACACAACCACUAACACUUUGAUUCUUUACGUAGACUUUACAAACUAAGCUUUCAACAACAUUAUACUUUUAUUAACAGAUAUUGACGCUCAUUAGGUGGAACAUAUGAACAAAACAUACAAAAACAUUUAUACCUUUUAAUAAAAUAAAUACAUUCAUUAGGUAGGCUACAUUUAUUAUUAUACCUUUCAACAAAUACUAAAAUUAAUUAGGUGGAAUACAUGAACAAAAUAUUCGCAAUCAUUAAUAUAUAUUAACAUUGAUGAGGUGGAAUACAAUGACUGAUUAAUUUAUUACCAAUCAUUCAUUCACAUUUGUCUAAAGUUGAGAAGGUAAUCUAUCACGCAACAUAAAUGUUACAUUAACAUCAACAAAUCCAGAUUUUAAUCUACAUUUACUUAACUAAAAUAUACAUUUCUUUUUAUAGUACUUUUAACACUUUUAUAUUAAUAUAUGAUAUUUUAAGUCUAAUAAUUAAAGAGAAACUAUUUGUUAGAAAGACUGAAUUUCAUUUCUUUACACCAGCGUUCAGAGCUUGGAUUGUUUGUGCAUGAGUUUUAUAGAAAUAUUUUACAACGUUGCUUCCCCAUUGUUUUAACAUUUUGUUUUUAAUCCAUUAUGGUGUGAUACGUUUCAGUUUAAACCAGUUUUAUUAGUUUAAAGCCAGUUUUUUUCCGUGACACCGCUUACACUCUUGGCUUGGGUGGGUUUAGAUCCUGUGUACUUCAACUUCGUGAAUAAUGUCCCAUUUUCUAUUCGCCAUUUUUUUUUACAAAAGAAGGUAUUGUUAUUAGUGUAUGAAUGAAAGUUGGUUAAUGCCUUUUGUCAGGGUCAGUAUUUGAACAGAACACUCCAUACAUGAAUGUACAGCGACUAUCUUCACAUUUAGUUUAUCAAUAACAGUCCGGUUUUAAUUUAUAUCGUCUGUCACACAUUCUCAUUUAUGUUUCAUUGAAUUACUUUCUGAGCAGCAUUUUUGCAUUUGAUUUAGUUGUGCAUUGUGAUUUUAUAUUUGUAUAGAAAUGUAAUUAAUAUUUUUGUUUAAUGAUUAAAAAAGUAAAUGA